AGAUAUGCCAUAUUAAUUACGUAGAACGAUUGUAAAAUUAAUAGACUCAUCGGACUGUCAUUAAACCGAAACGAAAUCUUUCUCGCACUCUCGCAGUUUAUAACUUUAUACCGCAUUACUAAUGUCACGGUCCUUGUACUGCUGAGCUACUGUCGUUCUGUCGACAGAAAAAAAUUCAGAUGGGGUUUUUACUUUACUCUCUAGAGACCUGAACUGGCAGUUAACAGAUGUGUAAAAGUGGCUCAUCAGGCGACCCCAUACGCGCCAAUGCGUACGGUUUGUGCCGACUAACCACAAUUAAAUUUUAAUUACACGCCACCAUGAAUAAUAGACACUACAGCAGCCUAAUCAUGGAAUUCAUCUUCUUGGCCAAUGAUACGUCCACAUCGAUUAAUGCUUCCAGCCUGUCAGCGGUGAUGACAAUAAAAUACAUAAGCACGUGACUGCUAUGCAGCCUUUUAGAAGAUAGCAAGAUUUUGUUAUAUUUGCGCAUCAUAACGUCGCAGCCGAGCGGGCGACAUUAAGUAUGUUUACGAUGAGCAUGUAAUAGAAAAUCAAUACGUAAACUGGAUAUGUCUGCGGUAUACUUAAGAUUAGCAAACCCCCGUUUUUUGUCCAAAGCGUCACAUUACGGGUGCGCUCGUUUGAUGUACCGCCUUGUGGCCCGUCUGUUCCGCCGUGCAUCCCAAACAAUGCGGCAACUAAUUUCCGCGUCUAUAUACUGACUGUUGGAUUAGAAUGGCCUCUUUAUCUAUCCUUUAUUUGCCGCACAUCCGGCGCGGUUUUACCCGAAUAAGCCGCGGAGUCCACAAGGAGGGCAAGUAGUAACCGCUUACUGCCACAAUGAGCGUUUUAGCGGCACUAUGGUAUUGUAGCGGAUAUUAUUGUUUAUUAAUAAUCCUUGGUUUCCUGCCGGUAUCCCCGGCUCAGCUGGCCAAUCACACGCUAUCUACGACUGCACUAUUAACCGAAGAUGACCUCAUCAUCCUCUUACGAAAUUACCACCGGCUGGCUAACAUUACACACGCCAACGAAAGGCAGUUGUCGCGUUUUAUGGCAAAAAAGAUGGAUAUGUUUUCUAACUUUUCUGCGGACGUGUUUCCAUUUGAGGAACCAGUUAAUGAAUUGACAUUGUCGUUUCGCAUUAUUGCCACCACGAUGCAUUUAGCCAUUUUCUUACUGGGAGUGUCCGGCAAUGCCCUGCUGGUUGUGGUGGCACAUAAAUCCAAUUUUCUCAAGCAGCCUAUGUAUACUUAUCUGGUGUCGAUGGCCUAUGCCGAUCUACUGGUCUGCUUAACGGCCAUUCCGGAAGCCAUUGUGACGUACCACUUAGGAAAUCAGUGGUUUCUUGGUCAAGUGGGAUGCUCUGUGUUCAUUUUUCUCAAUUUCUUUGGAAUUAAUGCCGGGGUCACCAGUAUGUCCAUGAUGACCUUUGAGCGUUACGUCGCCAUUUGCCGCCCAUUAUUAGCUCGCAAAGUGUGCACCGUGGAGCGCACGCGCAAGAUCAUCAUUUGCUCUUGGGUUGCCGCCGCCGUCUACUGCUCACCGUGGCUGGGACUGACCGAAGUGAAACCCAUCGAAGGCACCGAUCGGCAGAUCUGCGAUUUUCGCUUGUCGCAGGCGUACUACAUGAUUAUCUUUGGCGCGGAUCUGUUAUUAUUCUACUUCACUCCGCUGUUGGCGGCGGUGGUGAUCUACGUAAGGAUCGACGAGACGUUGCGGAAGCGUGAAGCGGCGAUCGGUGUGUCCAUCAAUACGGCGGACGAUUGGAAGUUCUCGCGGGAGUCAACCAUACGGCACAAGGAUCAGCAAGAGUCGAAGAAGUCCCUUUUGCCUAACACUGGCAGCACUAUAACUGUCAGUAACGGACACAGUAGUGCCUCCAGUGGGACCGAAUCGACACUCACCCAGCGUAAGCAGAUCCGAGCGCGUAUACAGGUUGUGCGAAUGCUUUUUGCGACCGUAUUAGUAUUUGCCAUUGCCUGGCUGCCAUUCCGUGGUUUGCUGAUGUACAAUACUUUUGCGGCCACGCCCUGGCUCAACGAAUGGUACUCCUUAUUCGCCAAGACGCUCAUCUAUCUCAAUUCGGCGAUAAAUCCAGUCCUGUAUAACAUAAUGAGUGCGAGGUUCCGAAGGGCGUUUUAUCAGACUAUCACUUGUAAAAAAGUGCGCAGAUCGUCCAAAAAAGCCAAUGGUAACGACGGAACAAGAACCACGAGCGUCGCUUAUCUGUAACAGUAUUAAAUCAUGUCUUCAGUACCUAUCUUUCUUUAGGUAUUCGGAUUUCUUUUAUUUUUUGCUCCGAGAUUUUAGAUUGAGCGAGCGAGGUUUAAGAAUUGAAGCUUCGAUUGCACAGCUG